AUUUUCCACUAAUUAAUAAACUUUUAGCACUAUUAACAUUUACUGAAAUUUUUUUUAAACAAUUCACUUUAAAAAGAAAACCCGAACGAAAUUUUUGUCACGAAGAACGGUUCGAUUAUAAAAUCAAUAAUUUUUGUUUUAAUCGAAACGAAAUCCAUAUCGCGAGAUAUUUACACCAGAGAGUAUUAGGGAGAGUGGAAGGUGACCGUACACGCUACUAGUAGCGCACUCUGGUGGGUCGUUCCCUUUUUAAAAUAUAUAUGUAUAAUGUUUUGAAUGUACUGUAUGUAUUUGUGCUCAACUGUUUGUGCUUUGUUGUGCUUGUUUGCAAACAGUUGGAGAAGCGUGAUUUACAAAUUUUAUGCAAAAAUGUUAUAUUGUAGUGUAGAAAAUUGCAAAAAUGGGACAUAUACGAAAAUGUGCCAAGGAUUUUCAUCGUUUAGGUUACCAAAAUCUAAUUCAACUCGAAGAAAAUGGCUCAAAUUCGCUGGGGUUAAAGAAACUACAAAGUUUCGAAUCUGCGCGGAACAUUUCGACAAAAAAUGUUUUAAAACAUUUCAUCCCAGGCCCUUAUUGAAGCCAGAUGCAAUUCCAACUUUGCACAAGGGAAAGAAGUGCACCGCAGGGCGAAGUAGCAAGGUAAGCAGCGAGAAAGAAAUUGUCAAUAUUGCUACAACUAUUGGCACUCAAACUGAGGAAAAUAAAAGUGACUGCACCAGUGAGCAGUUAAAUAUUUCGAAAACGCCAGCCUCAACGAUGAAUGGAGAAAAUAUGGUGUCACAAGUUGAACUUGCUUGUAGUAAAGUUCGAAAUAUAACAAUAACUGAGACCAACGCCGUAGGGUUAAUUUCUCCUUCUACCCAUCCUUCAAUCUACUUCGGAUCACCAAUUUCAUCAAAAGAUAAAUGCGCGGAAACAUGUUUGUCAUUAAAGAAAUGCAGUACUAGCAAAAAUUUAUUACCUCUUUUUUACACAAGCAGUCCUCAAUCACAUUCCAGACAAAGUGAAAUGACACAUAAUUUAAUGGAAGAUACAAGUUCAUUGUCUCCAGUAACUUCAACCACAACACAUCCUAAUGUCACAACAGUUACUACACCGUCAGGUCGUUGCAACGUGAAUGAAUCCGUCACCACACCUUCCAGAGAAAAUAACGUCGCGAAAGUUGUUAAUACACCUUCUGGACAAAGUUCAAUUUCUAAUGGUUUUUUUACUCCUUCAAGACAAAAUUCAGUUAGAGAUGUUUUUAAUACACAAAGUGGGUCAUGUGAAGUUAUGAACGCUGGAGAGACUUCAAAUAAAGGUAUAUCAAAUUUAACUCUAAAUUAUUCCGAAAAUAAUAAUGAAUCAACAUUAAAAGCCUCAGUUGAUAAAGUUACGAAUAUUUCACCAAAGACUUUAAAAUUAAACAGUUAUAAGCGAACGAUAGCUUUAUUGCGAAGUAGAAUUAAUAGAUUAAAACAAACAAAAAAUAGUCGAAUAAAUGAUAAGCAAAAAACGAAAGUACAUCUUGAAAAACUCAUAAAAGAAACUUCUUCGUAUCUUCGAAAGGAGGCUCAAAUUUUAUUUGAAACCCAAUUACGACUGUCUCAAUGCAAAAAAUCUGGCAGACGAUACAGUGAUGAAUUAAAAGAUCUCUGUUUGUCUAUGCUAUAUUUAUCACCUAGAAAUUAUAAAUUGUUGAGAAACAUUUGUAGUUUACCAUCUGAACGAACUCUGCGAGAGUACCAACGUAGAGUUCCUGUUUCCCCUGGCUUCAAUAAAACCAUUAUGUCAGAAUUAAAAAAUCAAUUUAAAAAUCAGCCCAUUGAAAAUAAGGUAGUCACUUUAUUGUUCGACGAAAUUAAUUUAGUUUCGGAAAUACACUACGAUCCCAAUACUGACAAAUUCGUCGGCGUUGCUGACGAUGGGGUGCAUCGACAACCGAAAGCAGCUAAAUCUGCUUUAGUUGCAAUGAUUUCCUGGAUUCAUAUGAAAGCUAAGCAACCAAUAGGUUAUUGGUUUCUUGGCAGUGAAGGUAAUUCAGAAAAAACGCAUGAUAUUAUGUUGUUAACAAUAGACGAAGUUUUCAAAGAAACAGGUUUAAUUGUAAAAGCUAUUAUUUGCGAUCAAGGGCCAAGAAAUCAGGGUAUUGUAACAAAAUGGGACAUCACUUCUAAGAAACCUUAUUUUGUACGCAAUCAACAUAAAAUAUUUAUAAUUUUUGAUCCUCCACAUCUAUUGAAAUCUCUUAGAAAUAAUUUAUUAACAAAAAUUUUGAAUUACAAUGGUGGUAAAAUAUCGUGGAAAGAAUUGGAAGCAGUUUUUAAAUUAAGCAAAGAAACAGAUUUAAAUUUACUUCCGAGAAUUACAGAGAAACAUUUUGAUUUAGGUAAUUUUAGUAAAAUGAGAGUUUCCUUAGCUUCACAAAUAUUCUCAGAAUCUAUGCACACUGCUUAUAAAGUUUAUAGAAAUUUCUUGCCCGACCGCUUUAACGAAACAUUUGAUGCCACUUUACCUUUCGUUUUAGACAUCGAUCGAUUAUUCGAUUCUUUAAACUCUUCUUUAAUAAGCCAACCAGCUUCUAAAAAAUUAAGAUAUGCCAUUACUGAAAAUUCAGAGCACAUUCUUUUUUUAAAAGAAAUGUCCCAAAAAUUGCAAACUGCUCGAUUUGAAGGGCGUCAACCAGCUUGUUUAAAAGGUUUGGUGCUUACGAUUCAUUCUGUUCUUCAAUUGUCGGAUGAUUUGCGUAAAUCAUACAAUAUUUCUUCUCUUUUAACCCGUAGGAUGAAUCAAGAUCCAUUAGAAAAUUUCUUUUCAACUAUAAGACAAGCACACGGUUGUUCAACAGAUCCUUCACCAAAGCAAUUUGAAAAUGCUUUUCGUCAACAAUUAAUUACUUAUUUGGGUAAAUUGUCAAAACUAUCUAAUUGCGAAGACGAUGAUAGUAAAAUGAUUCUUCAGUUGCGAAACAUUAAAAACAUUGAAAUGCAAGUGCCAUCAAAAAUUCCUCAAGUAGAAGUUAAUAUUUCAAACUAUGAAAAAAUAUUCACUGAAUCACAGGAAUUUACACAGUCCAGUGCAGCGUAUUACUGUUCGGGAUAUGUUGCUAAACUGUUUUUUUCUCAACACUCUUGUGAUUUAUGCAUAAACAUUAUAAAACAAUCAGAUAAUGAUAUUUAUAAAGAUUAUCAAGUUUUUACACAUUUAAAGUCGUACAGUGAUACACAAGGCUUAAUUUUUGUCAAGGAAAGCAUUUUUCAAUGUUUUCUCGAGUGGGAGGAAAAAUUUAAGAGUAUAAUUAAAGCUAAUUAUCAUUUGAAAAACAUUUCUCUAAUUCUGUCAUGUAUUCUAAAACACAGUUGUUCUUCUAUAAACCUUUGCACAACUGAAACUUCUGAAACUUUUUUAAAAAUAUUUCUUCGGGUAAGAUGCCAUUGGGAAGCUCGGUUUAUAAGACGCGCUUUAAGUUUAAUAAAAAAAAGAAAGUCGUGUCCUGAAGGUAAUUUAAUAGAUAAAGAUUUUAAAAAGAUGUCACGAUUUAUAGGAAAAAUUUAUUAAAUCAUACUCUGUCAUAAAAAACGUGCUGUAAUCGGUUAAAAUAACGAAAUUUUAUAAUAUUACUAUAUUUUAAAACAUGUUAAAACUACGAAAAGAUUUAUGUAAAAAAUGUUUUAAUUAUAAGCCUUGAUAACAAACAGCAGUUUGUAUGAGAUCUCGUUUAUAUAUUAAAUGAAAUUUAUAUAUUUAA